UUCGCCUCACUGGAGCUUAAUGAUAUUUCCAGCUCGGCGGGAGCUGCGGGAAGACUGGAGAUAGUGGAGUGAGUGAGAGCGGCUUGGAAAGGCAGCAAAGGGCAGCUCCCGGCUCUGCGGGAAAGCACGGAGCCACCGCACUCCAGGGCCAGCCGGCAGCUCCUCAUUCCCAACUCUCGCCUUUUCCAGCCCCUCUCCAGGAGAAUGCAGCUUUCCCCCGCGGCUGCUUUAUGAUGAGCCAAGAAAUUCAUUUUUCAUGGGAGGUGAAAGUGAGUCCCGGCAGUAGCUGAGCACGGAGGGUGCCAAGGUCUGAAAGGAUGCGGCAGAGCCCCGCCGGCCCUCGGGACCCGCCGCCACCCCGGCCCCGCGGAGCUGCUGCCCCUCUGCCCGCGCCGGUGCCCAUCGGGGGAGAACCAUGCCCGUGACGGGGGCACGGCAGCUCGCAGCGGGACGGRACAGCGGGGUUUUGUAGCCUUGUCCCCUCCUCGGUAUCAUGACUGGAGAGACCCAGCAUGUUUACACCAUCGGGGACACUGAGGCCGGCCCCAAAGAGCCCGACAAGGACUUCGGCUGUGACGGCUGCGGGGACAAGGAUGGGAGGGCGCUGGGCGGGGAGGGCACGUCCCCCUUCCCCGGCCCCAAGGACAAGGAGCCCCACAGCCAGCGGGAAGCCGUGAUCCGGCCGCAGCAAGCGGGGAAGAUCGACUUCAAAUCCCUCCAGUGCAAGCCCAAGUUCGGCAAUGAGAGCGCCUGGGGAGAGCUCAAGGGCAGCCCCCCGUCCCCGCCGGGGAAGGGGCGGACCCGGGAGCGCGGCCGGCGCUCGGGGAAGGGCGAGCGGGGCCACCAGCAGCUCUACCGGCUCAGCAUCGCCGGCACCCGGCCCAGCCCCACCAUCGGCAUCGCCUAUCCCCAGCAGAAGGUGACGCCCCCGAAGAAGCCGGAGGUGACCCCUGCAGCCGGCAGCUACCGCUUCCACGUGCCGGCCAUCGCCCCGGCAGAAGAACUCGGCUUCGGCCGCUGCUUCCCCGAUGCCGCCGGUGGCCGGACCUCCAGCAACUAUACCUCACAGCCCGGCCCCUCCCUCGGCCCCAAGGGGCAGCCCCCCGCCGCCGGCAUCCCCCUCAAGAGCCCCGGCACCCAUGGGCAGCUACAUUAUUUAGAGUUUCAGGCAAACCGGGCCGAGCCCUGGCCUUCCCCGGAGAAGAGCUUUGCCGGUGCUACCUACGGGAUCUCGGUGCAGAAGCCCAGCUCUUUCUCCGAGGGUGGCAAAGGCGCCGUGCACGGCCUGGGGGCUCUGCCGUGCCAGUUCCCCUUCCAGCUGCUGCACGAUGCGGCCAAGGAGCCGUUCCGUGGAGACACGGGCACCCAGGAGUACCUGGAUGUGGGAAUGGCCACCGGUGCCCAGCUGGCUCCCGGCGCCUUCGCCUUCCACGCGUCCUCCAGAGAGUGGCCGGAGGAGCCGCAGAGCGGGGGUCCCUACGAGAGCGUGUCCCCCGAGGGGAGGCUGUACGGGCUGUCCGUCCCCCCACCACCAUCACCCUUCCUGCACCCGCCGCCGGCCCCGCACCACGGCCCCUUGCCCUUCUGCAAGGGUAGGGCCGAGCAUCCCGCCGACCCCACUGGUGCUCUCCCGUCUGGUGCUAUCGACCAAAACCCAAGCACUUUCCGAGAAAACCAAGCUGUUUUUCUGUCUAGUUUACACUCGCCUACCAUGCCCAAGCCGGUCGGGAAGAGGCAAGCCUCGGCCAAGGACGGUGUCCCCAGCCCACGGCUGCUGGCGCAGAGCAGCCCCYUGAGAAGGACCGUGCCACCAAACUCCCUGUCCCAAGUGCACUUUCAGAGCAAGGCCUAUUGCAGCUCCCCCGCGGGCAGCACCGGCGCGGGAGCCGUGCCUUUCGAGACGAGCGUUCCCACUACGGCACCCACCCACCCCAGGCUUGUGCAAGCUUGGGAAGGUGCCAYGAAGGCGUUUUCUCCCAUGGACCAGAAUUCAGCACCUUAUUCAAACCCUGUUGGAAACCAGUUCUCAUUCGAGUGCCAGUCUGGCCCCGAGCAGAGGCAGCACAGGCAGAAAGAUGCCAGGCUGCCUUGGCAGCAGAUGCACCUCCCUUCUGCAAUGCCCGGUGCAAACAGGCUGGAGCUGUCGAGACACAUCAGCAGCCAGAAGCUCCCCUUCCCCCUGGGCACGUCRGACUGGCAGGGCAGUGGGAAAGCCCAGAAAGGGCCCCCCAUAAGCAGCUCUGCGGGGUAUCACGGCAAAAAGCUCCUGUCAGGAGAGAUCCUCCAGAGGGGAGAUCCCAGCGUGACGGGAGCGUUCUCCUUUGAGAGCGGGAAGGAACCGGGGUCUCCAGUCUGUGACUCGAGAAGCAAAGCGCUGUUCUACAGCAUGGCUCCAGCAGCUCCUCCUCCUCCCUCCAGGAGCUCAUCAGGCUCAGCGCUGGUCCUGCCACCAUCGGCCUUGGUGGCCGCCUCCCCUUGCGAGUCCCCGCUGCCGUCCCCUGUCCCCAACCCCACGUGUGGCAGCACCUGCUCGUCACUGUCCCCCGUGUCCAGCAGCCCACUCAACCCCAGCUUCGAGGACGGCCAGAUGUCCGCAGCGCUGACCCCCUCACCCUUCUUCCAGCAUCCCUGCCAUGCCAAGGAUGCCAGCAAAGCUUUCCACCCCUCCGACAUCCUCAGUCCCAGCUCACUUCAUUACCACCCUUCAGACUCCAUAAAGUCCUUCCACUUCCCUGUGGAUGCUCUGAAAGAUUCAGACAGCCUCCUGAAGUGUACCCCAGCCAGCCCGUUCCACAAAGCCGGCGAGGUGGCCAAAAGCUGCUCGGAAGGGCCGGACGGGGAGCAGCCUCCACCACCCUACUCCUCCCAUCACCUGCUGGCCACUUCCCUGAGCAGUGCCAGCCUGGACCAGCUGGACGUGCUGCUGACCUGCAGGCAGUGUGACCAGAACUACAGCAACCUGUCAUCGUUCCUGCAGCACCGCCAGUUCUGCGCCUCCCACCCCGCUGAGCCCAAGGACGCUCCCCGGGCAGCCGAGGGGAGGAAAGCGCUCCUGCCAGAGCCUCCCAAACCCCCCGGCCUCGGGCUGUCUCCAGACCYCCAGGGAAAUCUGCUGGCGUUGAACAAAAGCGAUGAUUUCUUGCUGGACGGGGAAAGCAAAAGUGAGGGCAAGGAGGAUGCUCUGAAGGGCGGCCUCUUCCACGGCCUGGCCGCCGGCUCCCUCCCGCUCGGCGCSUCCGACCUGGACAUCGACGAUGCCAAGCUGGACAGCCUGAUCACCGAGGCUCUCAACGGGCUGGGCUACCAGUCRGAUAAUGCAGAGAUCGACAGCAGCUUCAUUGAUGUGUUUGCUGAUGAGGAGCUGCCGGGUGUGAGGGCGGCCAGCACGGGGACGGCCCACAAGGCCAAGGAAGGCCCGGCCUCAGACAACAAAUCCAAUGUGGUGGCAGAGGAACAGGCGGUGGGAAACACCAAGGCUGGCUGUUUUUAUGAAGAGGGACACCCAGGAGGGGAGCAGGUGAAGAGAGGGGCAGGAAAGCAGCACCUUCACAAAGGGAGGGUGGCACGGAGGGUGGCACCGCAGGAGCCRGAGCCUGCGGCGGAGGGAGCGGAGAGGACAGCCAGGCUGAGGGCGGGCAGGAAGAACAGCAUCCCCUCAGCCACCWCCUCCAGCCAAAAACACCCCAGGAAACCCAGCCAGGACCCGCCGGUGAAGAGCGAGGUGGGGCCGGGUAUUGCCGCCAAGAGCUCCAAGCCACCACGGUUCUCCAUGAAGGACGUGAAGAAGAGGAAGGCCCGAAGCGGGACAUGGAGCAAGGAGCUCAUCCACAAGAUCGUGCAGCAAAAGAACAAGCUGCACAAACUGCAGGUGAAGAGCAGCAAGCAGGCCCAGGUCCCUCAGGCCACCGAGAAGCCACAGGCAGCCACAAAAGAGGGCAGGCUGAGGGAAUACGACUACGUGUCCGACUCGGAUGAGGAGGGGGCAGAGCACAGCAAGCCCCGGGGCAGGAGGAAGCGUGGCACAGGACUCAUCAGGAGGAACAAGCAUGGCUUCAGCAAGAAACGCCCAGGCAGAAACGAGAGAGCCAGAGAGAAAGAGCCAGACUGGAAAAGGGACRGUGAGAAAAGAGAGGCACAGGAGGACGGGGAGGGCCCGGGUCAGGAGGAUGCUGAGAAAGAGGAUUGUGCUGCCAGAGCCCGAAGGAGGAGCAUCCACUCUUCUGCUGGCAGCAGCCACAGCGUGCCCAGAGAGACGGGCAGGAGCCCACCCCGUGCUGCUGGGACUGGUGACAAGGGUGGCACCCAGAGGAGGAGGCGCUCGGGCAGCCCGGCCCGUGUGCCAAGGACUCCGCUCAGCCCUCCCGAGGACAGCAGCCCGAAGAUGAGCCAGGGGAGCAAAGAGGACGUUCCCAGGGGGAGCAGGAGGAUUGGCUCAGCCAAACCUUUGCUGUCAGGCUCCAGGACACAGCCGAGUAUUGAACCAGGUGUUGGUGCCAUGGACUGUGCGAAGAAGGAGCUGUCACCACAGCCCCAGGAAAGGCAAAUGCCCAGCAUGGCCACCACUGGGCUCUGCUCUAAGGAGGGGCUGGAAGAGCCCAAAGGAGCAGCAAAACUCCUGAGUGAGGCAGGAGAACCCACCCUGGAGWCUCAGGGCUCUCCUGAGCUGAACAUGGAUCACCAGAGGCAGCAGUUCACCCCGUUCCCCAGCGCAGGGCUGAAGUACCACACGGAGGAGGUGACUGCUCCACCCCAGAGCAGGAAUGAAGCAAGUCCUGGCUGUGGGAGUGCCACCUCCUCGGAAGCAGGAAUGAAACCCAUGAAGGGACUGUGUGACAGUCAGAAGGACUAUCCCACACCAGCCCCCAGCUACGGGGAGGAUGCAGCGGGAAUGAUGCUCRCUGCCAAGGCCCCCAAUCCAUACACCAGCAGUGAUAAUGCAUUUUUUGAUCCCAAAGGCCUUCCCGGUCACUACGAUGACAGCCUCUUCCCAAAGCCCCCAGCCCUGGGCUCGUCCCACCUGGAUGACAUGUACCUGUGCCGGGAUGGCAUCGACGCCGGCUCCUUCGAGCAGAAACACGCCAGCAUCUCCCCUUUUGCCGCAGAAAUGCCGCAGGGCAAAGUGUCCUCCCCUCUCAGCUUCCAUUCCUCAUCGAUAUUUGGAGAGCUUCCUGUCUCCGAGUUCGAUCCGUACGAGAGCAAGGAUGGAUACGAGACAACGUUCCCGUGUCCUGGGAAUGGCCCCCGCAAGCUGCUGCCGUUCGAGCACCCCUAUCCAUCCUUCAUGCCGGAGAAGGACUGGUCCCUCAUGGAGGAGGUGGCUCCCAUGCUGCCWGAAGACAUGACCCACUUCCACAGCCUCUCCGUGGAGAAGCCACCAGCCAAGAAAUUCCCUGAGGAAGGAGCUGCCCCCAGCAGCCAGCUCUCCCUGCCGCUGCCAGACAGGAUGRCGGAUUACAACGUGACUUUCAUCARCAACAUUUCRGAUGAUGAGCUGGAGAUCAAGCGUUUGGUCACRGAGCUGGAAAGCCAACUGCAAACCAGCAAGUUGGACCCCGAAGUGUCUGUCACCCUCCCAAAAUCUGAGCACAGUGUGGCUGCUCACCUGCAAGCACAGGGGCCCGAGCGCUUCCCGGCGCUGCCAGAGCCAGAGGCACGCCAGGAGAAAGGGAUGUUUUUGUCAGGUGAGCUGGGCAGUUCGAGCCUCUGCAUCAGGGAGAGGCUGGGAGGGGACAAGCCGGACGUGGUGACCGCCCAUGAGGACUACGAGAGGCCCAGGGAGCCCUGGCCGUGCCCACUGGAGCUGGGCUCGCUGGAAUCCAGGAUGUGUGUGCCAGCUCCGCUCACCACAAACCAUUUCUGCUCCAAAGACAACAGGGAGCAGCUCCAGGGAGCUGCGGCUGCGGAGGAAAGAGAGCCCAGGAAGAUGGAAAAUCAGUCUCCUUCCAAAAGUCGACCUGACUCAACUGACCAAACAGAUGCUCCCACCUCCACAGACCCCGUGACAAAAAGCCCUCCUGUUAUCCCCGACUCUGUGUUCCCCAAAACCACGGAUGCAGCAGAAGUAGCCAAAGACCCCCUGCCAUCCCUGCCAUGCCAGCACGGUGCCAUGGGCUUCCCUUUGCCAGGGAAAGCAGACGCUGAUCCUGCAGAGCUGGACAAGUUUGAUGCCCAUACUCCAACCCCUAAACCUGAAUUUGGCUUCCAGCAGGGYCCCACCCCAGCCUUGGCCCUCACCUUUUCACCUCCCAUCAGAGAGGUCCCAGAUACAGAAGAAAGACCCUUAAGCAAGACCGAGUCCCCCAAAACAGUGCAAACUGCUGUGGAUCUCCAAGGGGAUAGUGGUGGGUCUGCGUUGGUGGAGGAAGGGGAGGAGAGGAAGAGUCCCACCACCYAUCCAAGCCCUGCAGCCAGUGACAAAGCCAGCAAAGUGCUGCUGUUUGAGAUGCUGAGCCUGCCCAAGGAGAGCGACCGCCCUUCCCAGGAGAUGGUGGCAUCYCAGGACACCUCUGCCAACCCUCUGCAGCAGCUCCAGCUCUUCGUUGCCCGGACGGUGAAGAACAACGAGGACGAGUUGUUGCUGCCUUGCUUCCCUGGGCUCCUGGCUGCCAGCCAGCCCUGUGCCACCACCCACGUCCAGACACAGCACAGGGAGCAGAGCAGCRGUGCCUUGGAAGGGGAAAAUCAGASCCCAGGGGAAGGGGUUAUCCCCAUGGGAAACAACACAGGGAACRGCGCUGCUCCAGGGAAAGAAGUGCUUUUUCCCAGUGCAGGUGAGCAGCUGGAGUCCUUGAAUGCAGAGGGCUCUUACCAUGCAAAACAAUCCACGUCGGCAAAGCCCGAGCUGCAGAAUAAUGUAACAGAGCUGCAGCACUUAGCAAAUGAGCCCACGGAGCCAAGGGACAUCAAUAUCCCUGCAGAUGGUGUUUCCCAGGAGCGUAAUGACCUCUCACCACCCAGCAGCACCGCGGUGACCCCGCUGCCAGGGCAGGCGAGGAAAGCUGAUCGGCCCAGGGAAGAGCAGCAGGAAGAUAACAACACAGCGACCUUGGCAUUUAGGAAACAUGAGCAAUCCCACCUCAGCCGUGGUUUACUCGAGGAAGAAACGCUGGGCAGAGCAGAGGGACAGAAGCUGGAAAGGAGCUGGGUGGGAAAAGGGGCACAGCCCCUGGGCAGUGCUCCCACGAGUCCCGUCAGCCCCCCAGGRCCCUCUGAGGAGGGUGUCCCCCAGSGUCACAGCUUGGGGACAGAGUUAAAAACCGGCACAGUCAGUGCAGAGGUUCCCAGAGAAGGGAAUGCCAGGUUGUCCCUCAAUGGCUGUCACUACAUGGGUGACUCUCCAGCCAGCCUGCCUUUUGCAGCUGCAUUUUCUGACCUGAAAUGCUUGCAAAGCRGUGGGGCUGAGGGGGAAGAGAUCCCCAGCUUUGGUGCUCAGCUCUCCGAUGAGAAGAAGUACAGCUCGUCCCUGCCUAMCACACCGAGCUCAUUGGUCACAAAGAAUUGUCCUCCUGAGCCCAGCAGCCUUCACAUCCAUCACAGUGUGAGCCCAGCAGAGCAAGGGACGUGGAAAAGAGCGCCCACCUUCCCUCCUUCACUGCAUCACUGCGGGGCUGUGCUGGUGGAAGCAGCUGAGGAAUGUCAYCCUCACCUCCCUGACGGUGUUUUGGGUAACUGUGGAUCACCUGAAAGAGAGGGGACAGUGAGACCCUGUGCUCUGCUGCAUGGUGAUGGUCUGGUGGGCUCUGCCUUGGAGAUGGAUGGUCACCAGGAAACUCCUGGGAAGGACUGUUCUCUKCCCUGCUCACCACCUUUCAACCAGAAAGAGGUCCCUGAAAGCACCGGUGCUGUGCUGCCRGAUUUUAAAGAAAACCAAGGAUGUGCCAUCACAGACACCGUCAUCAGCUCCACUCCUCCAGAAAUCCAGGACUAUCCAACCCACCCCACAGCAGAUCUUCUGCCCAYAGGAGAAAGGGAGGUGGACCUGAACCAAGAGAACAAGCUUGAAAGCUGCUCCYGUGAUGGGAAUAAACAUCAAAGUGAACCAGAGGCUUUGUCCAAUGGCUUUGCUGUUCAGGACAUGUCAGCUGCCAUCAGCAGAGGUCUUACCAGGGCUGGAGAUCUUGGUCCUGCUGAAUUAAACAGCCAUGAGUUUUCAGGGGCAGCAGAGGUGRGACUUGGUCUUUCUGAAACCACAGAAAGUGAAGAAAAGUGUUUAAAAGAGGAGAAAUCCCAAAGCCAUGGGGCUGCAGAAGCUGGGGGUUGUGUGUUAAACAGUGUGGGCCAAGGAGAAGACAACCCACCCAAAAGUGCUCCAGACCCUUCCCAAAAUGAACUCCACAAAGGAAAAAAGCCCAGUGGACUCCCGGUGACCUGUGACAUUUGUUCAGCCACUUUCCGGUCCAAGCCCGGCCUGACCAGGCACAAAGCUGUCAAGCACCAGGUGAAGAACAGAGGUUUGCCACAGCCCAGCAGAACUCCCAGAUCCCCUCUGAUUCCUUCACACAAGACAUCAAAAGCAGCCCAAAAGGUGGCCAGGAGGAGCCUGAAAGCRUCAGUCGAAGAUAAAACCUGGAGCUCCCAGGUGCCAACCUCCACCGUUGAACACAUUCCCAAGAAAAUUCUCCCAGACCUGGAGAAAGAGCCCAGCACGCAGAUGCAGGAGGUGGUCAGCAGCGUGCUCAGUGACCUCAGCGUGAUCUCCUUGGAGAUGUCCCAGGAGCUGUACCACACACAGGUUCUGCAGAGGGAGGUGAAAGCAAAGGGCUCGGAGAUGAGGGGAUCAGGAGAGGCGGUGUCUGGGAAGCUGGGCUCGGGAUGGCGGGUCAGGAAGGGAGACAAGGGCAGAAGAAGCCAAAGCAAAGAUGUUGGAGAGGAGAACGGCAGUUCUGAGAAGCAGCUCAACAGGAAAGUGAGGCGAAGGAAAGCAAAGGUGUUUCCCAGCAGGAAUGAGCCCGAUGGUCCGAGUGAGCUGCAGAAGAACACAGCUCCUCCCCCGGCUGCCCUGAGCUCCAGCCCGCCCAGGAUCAUGGAGGGCUUGCAUGAGCCAGGUGGUUUCAUCUCCACAGAGGAGCCAAGCAGGACCAGCACAGCCCAGCACUCCCAAAAAGCCAAAGAGUCCCCUUGUGCAGCUGAGCUCGCAGAAGACCUGGGCAGCAGGAUGGUGUCKCUAAAAGAGAUGGUCAGCAAGGAGACUGCUACGGGCAUGGUCACCUAUCCUGGGGAGGUGGAAGGUCCAGAUGGAGUGGAAGACAUGCAGGUUUGCAAAAAAUGGAUUAGCGGGUUUGUGAAGCAAGUGGCGAAGGGUUUGGGCAAGGUGGGCACAGAGCAGCAUCGUGGYGCUGAUGGCACAGGGGACAUGGAUGCUGGGACAAGGGACAGUCCUGCAGCGGGCAGCAACACCGGGAGCUGGAAUGGUGCCCCACAGGAUCCCACAGCUCCUGCCAAAGGGGCUGUGCUGCUGGAGAACCAUGAUUUGGGAACCCCCCAAAGUGUUUCUGGGCACAGCGUUCUGCAGGCCACACAAGGGACCAGCCCUCCUCCUGCAGAGCCAAAGCGAUGGGUGAAGGCAGAUGUGCCACCAGGCAGGGAGCACUGUGGGGACAGCACGGCCACCUCCGACCUCCAGAGCUUUUUUGACGAUGACUCCACGUUCUCCCAGCUGUUCCCCCGCGAUGAGCAGUUUGUCCGGAGGAAGUGCACGCGGGUGUAUGGGAAGCGCAGCAAGAAACCCAAACCUGUCCCUGAGGUCAACCUGCAGCCAGCGGGGGCCAUCGACCUCUUCACCAUCCGCCUGGCUUCUGACCUCAGCGACACCGGCUCCUUCUGUGUCACCAGRGAGGAGCCUUGUGAGUACGAGACCAUCUCCGUUGACGAUGCCCUGAUGCUGAACAUGUGCCAUGGUGGCAAGGCAAAGAGCGGAGAUGCUGCUCCAAAUGGAUCCAAAAGCAUCGAGCUGAGGUUGGACCAUGAGGUGACCGASCAAGGGAAGGAGGACAUUGACCUGGAGGACAACAUGCUGACCUUCUUGUGCCAAAGCAGCCACAUGGACAAYGUCCCCAGCUUGAACAUCUGGGGCAGUCUGGAGAAGGAGGGGGAAAGCCUCUCUGCCGAGGACAUGUUUGAGCCUCUGAUGGGCCUUGAGGAUGAGCACUCACUCCGAGAAGUGAGCUCAGAGCCCCCUGACCUGGAGGAGGAGCCCUACGAUGCCAAGGAAGAUGAGGAUUUGGACUCUCCCGAGUUCCACACYAUCAACAUCGAGAUGCUGAACGCAAAGCUGAAGAUGAGAGACGUGUGCUUCUUCGGCCCUUGCGAGGAUCUUGCUGGCCAUGGGGAAGACAAUGCUGCGAGUUUGAAGCCAAAGUCAGGCAAGCACAGGAGCAAGGUGGAAGAUGGGAAACUGGGGAAAAACCGUGGGGAGAUAACCAUCAAAACCAAAGACAAGCAGUACAAAUGCAAGGUCUGCUUCCAGUGGUUCCUGACAUUGGGAGAGCUGGACUUCCACAAGCUGUCCCACAACCCUUCCCCUCCUCCUACCUGCUACAUGUGUGUCCAGCGGAAAUUCAGCUCCCGGGAGCAGCUCCGGGACCACCUGAAGGAGAAGCACGCCAGGAACAAAGCCGGGCUGUGGGCGUGCGGGAUGUGCCUGAAGGAGAUCUCGGACGUGUGGAUGUACAACGAGCACCUCCGGGAGCACGCCACGCAGUUUGCGCGCAAGGGGCAGGCGCAGAAGUCGGUGAUGGGCCUGCCGGGCUGCUUCGGUGAGGACAACGCCGCUGUCACCCAUUUCCUCAACACCAUCAUGUAUCGGAAGCCUGGYAGGUCCUCCCGGCACGGUGACCCCAGCAGCCAGCACGGGGUCAGCAGAGAGAGCAAGAGCCCCAAGGAGCUGCCCCUCGAGCAGGAGAAGGCAAUGAAAGACCCCUCGGAAAGCAACGUCAAGGUGAAGCCACCUGCGCCCAGCUCCUCCAAAGCAUCCGCCAGCCCAUCCCCAGAGCACAUGGCAAAAAGUGAAACCACCCCAAAAUCUGUCCCCAUGCACCCAGACUGCAAGGAUCCUUCCCGGGACUGCCAUCACUGCGGCAAGCAGUUCCCCAAACCCUUCAAGCUCCAGCGGCACUUGGUCGUGCACAGCUUGCAGAAGAUUUACUUGUGCCACAAGUGCCCCAUGUUCUACCAGGAGACCAAAGAGCUCCGGAGCCACCUGAGCCAGGAGCACGGCGUGGUGGAGGAGCAGGAGAUCAARCACACCACCCUGUACGCCUGUGAGCUCUGCGCCGACGUCAUGCACGUCAUCAAGAAGUCCUUCAUCUGCAGCAUGUGCAACUACACCUUCUCCAAGAAGGAGCAGUACGACCGGCACAUGGAGAAGCACCUGGCGGGCAGCAACAAGACUUUCAAAUUCCGAGGGGUCAUGAGGCCUGGCGCUGCCUGCAGGGAGGGCAGGGAGAAGGUGAAGGAGGAUGGAUCUCUCCGGGAGGSAAUGCCACCGAGCAAGAAGCAGAAGGUGGCUCACUAUGGCAGCUCAGUCCCACACAGGUCACCAGUYCACCUGGGCCCCACCAGUGACCUUCGGCUGGUGGAGGCUGCAAGCCCCAGCCUGCAGGUUGCCUCUGACUCCUUCCCAACAGCGCCUGGUGAGCCAGGAGCAYCCCAACCUUCUGUAAAAGAAGUCCUGGUGGGUGACUUCUCGGARUUCCUGGCAGAGAUGGAGAAGUCCCCGUUUGACCCCCUGCCACCACCACCCUGCCUGUCCCCAUCCCUGCCACCAGCUGCUGCCAGCAGCCCUGAGCUCGGCCACAUCGCUGGCCUAGCCAUCGAGGAGCUGGAGAAAGGAGCCUUUGAUGGGAAACCCCUUCCUUUCUUGGACUCGCCUGAGUUUGCCAUGGACCUUGCUGGCUUGGCUUGUCACCAGGCCACCAACCAAAAACUGUCCCCUCCACACCUGACCGAGAAACGUGGCUGUGCCGAUGGCCGUAAAAAAACAAGCACGGGCAGCAAAGAUGAAUACAGGGCGUGUGUCCUGGAUAAUCCCAGUGCAAACACUGAUGCCAUGGAUGGGAUCCCAUUUCUCCAGCUUGCCAAGAAGGUYUCAGAGCUUCCUUCCCCUCAGGCAGAGUCUCCACCAGCCACRGAGACCCACAAAUGGGGCAACCCCAGUGCUGGCGAUGCCUCUGCUUGGGAAGGUGCACCUAAGGGCUCAUYUCCAGAAGGUGCCCACCAGCCCCUGCCCCUGAAGGACAAAACGGCAUCAUCCACACUCAACAGAGCUGCCAAAGAUUCGGUCCCACCAAAGAAGACCGUGGGUAGCGAGGCUGCUCCCGGUGCAGGCAGCCCCAGUGGCAGCACCGAGGAGGGACAGCAGCCCAUCUCAGGGAAGGAGAAAUCCGUGCCUGAGGCUAAGGACAGCAGCCCAAAUGCCAAGGACCAAAGUGGCAGCCCAAGCAAAUCCAGCAGCCACCAGCCCAGAGGUGAGGCAGCCGUGAGACACGGCCACGCGGAGCCGGGCAGAGCGUCCGGCAAGCUUCACCCCAAGAGAAGGAAAGAACACAAAUCCUUGAGCCACCGCAGCAGCUCCGGCUCCCGGGAGAACAUGGAAGGAGACGGGAAGAAGAAGAAAGCCCGGCCGCCGUGCCCGGUGAGGAGCGAGAGCACCGCUGAGCUCAAACGUGGCAGCUGGAGCAACGCCGAGGCUCCCGCCCUGUCCCCCGGCAGGAGGGACACGCACUGCAACAAGAUGGGUCCCAAACCCAGAACCGGCUCCCAGCUGAAGAAAAUGCUCCUGGACCCUUACAACCAGAGGAAAGAGGAGCUCCGUCACGCCAACGGGGACGUGAAGCGCAGGAAGGCCAUUCUGGGCAAGAGCCUCCACCAAGUGUUGGCCAAAGGGCCAUCCCCACGUGGCUCCUGGCACGGCCACCGCGCUGCCCGCGGGGCCAGGGCGGCCGGCACGGCCAGCUACCGCAGCGCCGAGUCCCAGAACAACCUGCUCAGCCAACUCUUUGGGCAGAAAUUAACCAGCUUUAAAAUUCCUUUAAGAAGAGAUACUUCAGAGUAAUUUAUGGAAGUGACUUAUGGUGAUCCUCAGCUGCUUUCAUGGGGUUUGCAAGGGAAAAAUUAUCAAAGCAUUAAAUUCGUUUGUGUAGCAUGAUUUCUCUGUCUAGCUUAAAUGAACUUGCACUGCAGCCUCUGUGAAAUAGUUUGCUUUGUGUCUACUAAUCUACUUUAAUUCACCUGAUUUAUCAUGCAAAUGCUAGAACUUUGAUGUUGCUGAUGAUUUUCAUGAACUGAAAUUGUAAUCGCUUUGGGCAGACUGAAUCGUCGAGAGCAAUUUCUUUAUUGCAGAAGUGCUGAGGUUAUAAGGAUACUUGCAAAUCUCAGACCCUUUUGAGUCUGUGUCUGUGUUAUCUUUGUACAAAGUACUUGAAGAGAUGAACUUCAUUCCGUAGACGUCUUAUUCAUAAGGUGCAGUACACUGUAGAAAGCAAAUUUUUUUUUUUUUGGAAGAUUUUGCACAAAUAAUCCCGUACAAUUCAUUUAAUUGGGAGCUGGCCUAAGCGAUGAUACAAUUUAAAAAAUUAAAUUAAGACCCAAGUGUCCUAUAUUUUGACAGCCAUCCCYAAGAAUUUUGUUUCUACAUCGUCAAGAGAAGAACAACCCAGCUCUGGGGCUGUCGGAGCCCUCCAGAGGAUGCUGCCACUCUUUGACCACUGUAGACGAUGGGACUGGAGGAGAAGCGUCCCCACGAGCAAACUGCACCUUGACACUUGUGACAAACUCUGAUUUUUUAGGGU